CGCAGAGAACUGUGGGUGGUGACCACUGAAAAUAACAUGGCUGCUGAAGACUGCGAGCUGUGAAGCUCUAUGACCUGCAGUUAGAAAAUAAAACAAUAAGUAUGGAUAGAGUUGCCCAUUUGCAAUAAAGAACUUUGUUCCUCAUGUAAGGCUUACUGUACUUCAAGACUUAAAUGGAGGACUAGGAGAUUAAACAUGGAAGAGCCAACAAGAAUGGAAGAAAGCCAUUUUGACACACUGUACUCAUAUAACAAUGUUCCAAUGCUAGAACAAAGCCCCAUUGCUUAUGGCUCUUUACAAGCAGAUGCUCUAGACUAUUCAGGAGAUGAUGAUGGAAACAGCAUGGACCCAACUAAUGAAUUUGGGUCUGCAUUUACAUCUACAGCAUUUGUGGAACAACGGGCAAAGAAAAGACGCAAACAAAGUAAUCCAGUAAGGUAUCACACAACACAGGUGCCUGACACUGAUGAGAGAGAGGAAUUGGCUUCAGCAAUUUCAGAUGAGGCCUUAAACCUGAAAAUUAAACACCAAAAUACUUCUAAAGAGUCAGACAAAAACCCAGAAUCAUUAUUGAAAUGUCACCAUUGCAGUAGUUUAUUUCAGAGUGAGGAACUCUUACGUGUCCACGUUGAAGAAGAACAUGUCCAGAAACUGCUAGAAAAGCAGCUUCAUCAGCAGUCUCAUAACAAAUCUACCUCAUUAAAUAGCAGGGAAGCAAGUAGCUCUGAAUCCCAAGGAAAUUCAGAAUCAGUCAGGACCACUGAAGCCUCAUCAUUCACAUUGUUUAAUGAUCAAAGAUUAUCCACCAUGCCAAUCUCAUAUGCCAGCACCAGUUCUCUUGGAAGUAGGGAUUUUACAAAGAACUCUUUAUUUCCAAGCAUGCCACCUUUGAUACCCAUAUCUCACUCAGCAGAUGGAAAGCCAUCAAAUAUGUCUCUUUCUCUGAACAUGUUUCCAAACUCCAUUGCACCAUUCCUCUUCCCUGUACUUCCUCAGCUCCAAGGACAAAACUCUGCAGCUCCCAACAGUUCAAACCCAAGCAAUCGCAUUUUUAACCCUGAGGCCUAUUGUGAGAUGUGUAAUAAAGAGUUUUGUAAUAAAUACUUCCUUAAAACCCACAAGGCUAACAAGCAUGCAAUUUACUCUGUAGAGUCACUGGUCAGUCCUUCAUAUCCUGGAACAUUUAUAAGCAACAACCUGACCAACCCAAUUCCUCUUCCCCCACCCUUAUUACAGAAUCUUCCAACUAGACCACCCACACCACAGCAGGGAAUCAUGAACAUAGAAGCCUACUGUGAAAUUUGUCAAAAGGAAUUUUGUAAUAAAUAUUUUCUUAAAAAACAUAAAUACAGAAUUCAUGGUAUUGAAGAAAGCCAAAAGAUUUCAGGAACCAGUGACAACAAUGCAAUUUCACCUGAGAAGAAUAAUACUUCACCAGCUGCUUUGAGAACUGAAUCAUCCAAGCAUACUUUCUCCACUUCAUUCAGUGUACAAAAUAACAUUUGCUUUAAUCAAAAUAUGCUACCUAAACCAAGUUCUUCUGUUGAAACUGUCACUACCUCAGCAACUAAUUCAACAAACAAGACCCUUCUUCCUCCGAAAGAAGACUCCUCAAACAGUGAAAAAGGUGCAACAACUUUUACUCCAGACAAGCUCAGAGAGAUUGGUGUAAUCAAUGCAGAUGCAUUUUGUGAAUUGUGCUGUAAAGAGUUUUGUAAUAAAUAUUUCUUGCGCAUCCAUAGAAUUAAAAAACAUAGUAUCAAUAUCUCAGAAUCCAGUAGCAAAGAUGGACAGUCUGGUGGGGAAAACACCUACUCCCCAGUCCUUUCUGAAGCAGGUCAAGUCCUUCCUUCUAGUAGCAUUCCAGGAACUGUACUACAAGAAUCUCAUAGUAAACAAGAAGACGUGUAUGUAUGUGGACCAGGAGGUGUGGAGUCAGUCUGUGAACUCUGUAAUCGCCCUUUUGCUAGUCUGUAUCUUUUGAAAAUGCACAUGUUUUACACUCAUAACAUUCCACAGGUCAAAGAAGAAGAGAACUCAAAACCAAACUCUCCAGCAGAUCCACAGCAACCCCUUACUAGCAGUUCUGUAAAUUGUACUACUACAGAAGUGUCUCAGCAGCAGGUUACAAGCAGCACAUCUUUCCCUGAAGAGUCUUCUGGUCAGGACCUACAGAGAUUACAAACCAUGAUCAAGGAAUUGAAUGCACCUUUAAGAAUCAAUGAUAACAGAGUAGCAUGUGGUAUUUGUAGUCUUCAGUUUGAUAGCAAAUAUUACCUUAGAGCACACAUGAUGAAUGAGCAUGGAUUUUUAUUAAAUGAAGAUGGAUAUAGUGCAACUUCCUUGGAAACACAGAAAAUAACAGAUCAUAUCAUGCAUUUUAAGCAAUCCUUAUUUCAUCCACUACCAUCACCACCUUCUGUUGCAGUUCAUGAUGUGGAAGCUUCUUGUGAAAUCUGCCAAAAGAAAUUUUCUAGUAAGUACUUCCUAAGAGUUCACAAGCAAAAUACUCACAACAUUCCAGUAGAUGAUAACAGUGGGACAUGUGACCAAUCCUCUCUAAAGUCCCCCCAACCAGUUAGCACAAGUAAACCUAUUCCUUCUCCAACAAUAAACAACAAAACAAAAGUCCUCACUGGUUCCAACUUCUGCAACAUUUGCAAUAAGGAAUUGUGCAACAAAUACUUCAUGAAAACUCACAUGUUAAAGAUGCAUGGAGUUGAUCUUAAUGAACAGCCAACUGAAGCAGCAAAGAUUAGCACUAUUGGAGGUGUUACUUGUGAUGUUUGUCAAAAGGAACUCUGUAGCAAGUACUUUCUCAAAGUUCACAAGCAAAACACUCAUGGAAUAUAUGAGGAGCCUCCUCCAAAUAAAGAAAGCUCAUGUCAGUCUUCUUUUCAACUAGCAGGCUCUAGCAACCAGAAUCUACUGCCUGGAGAGUUAGUUGAUAGCCGACAUUUCAGCCACUAUACAGAAAUUUGUCCACUUUGUGAUCGUCGUUUCAAAAGCAUCAAAUGGUUAAAAACCCACAUCAUCAAUGAUCACAAUUCUGCUAAAAAGGAUAUUUUGAGCAGCCCUGAAAAUGUGGGUAUUAACGAGAUGGCUGCUGUUUGUGUCAUCUGUGGCCAGAGCUUUGCUGAUCAAGUUGCUUUGCAAGUUCACCUGAUCAAGGAUCACCGCACAUCAACUGAAGAGUUGGGAAUCACCAGUAACUCAGGGAUGAAAAUAACCCAAGAUUCCUCUGGGGUGAUGAUCCAAGAUCAGCUUGAUAAUCCUGUUAAUGGUAGUGUAUCACCAAGAGCAACAUCUAUGAGUCUGGAUUUUCUAGAGGGAAAGGAAGGAGAAACAAAGUUACAUCACUGCUCAUAUUGCACUUACACCACUCGCUGGCUGUCAAACUUGUAUGCUCAUGAAAAAAGACACACAACAAUGAUUGUUGAAGGUGAAAAAAAGUUUUUCUGUAGGAUCUGUCACAGAGCCUACCGAUACAGCCACUCUCUUCAGCGACACCUCCUGAGUCAUAGAACAGUAGGAUUUUCUGCAAAAGACUUAACUCAUCCACAAAAAACAACAUCACAGAUAUUUACUCAGACUAAUGGAGAGCAGAAGAAGGGGGAAAACAUUCAGAACGAAAAUGGACACAAUCAGGUAAAGCCACGAAUAAAGGUAAAGAGGUAUCGGUGUAGCAAGUGUGAUAAGAAGUUUCGCACCCGAGAGCUUUGCCUAGCACACAUUCAUGCUUUUCAUAACAGCAAGAAGUUAGUUUUGAAUCAGCAGAAAGUAAUGAAACCCUUCCACUGCCCUGCCUGUGGAUUUAUUGCAAGAGCCUGGAAUAUGUUAAAGCUACAUAUCAACAAACAGCAUGAGAAUAGUCCUGAAAUCUUGAGAAGGGCUGAAAUACAACAUUCUCUCAUUCCAGAUGCCAGUAUUCUGACUAACAGACAGUUUGCAUCAGAAAGUUUAACAGAACCUGUACUGAGAGAGUUUCCUUUUCAACCAGAUCUACCUUCGACUGGUCAUGGUACACAUGGGCAACCUCCUAUGAGUUAUGCCAUGCCACAUAGCCCCCAUACCACUGGCACUUUCAUCAUGCAACCCUUUUUCUUGGCCCAGCCAGAAAUGGAUGGAAAUAUAAAAAAUGAUAACUUUGUUCCAUCCCUUGUAUACCUCCCUGUUUGCCAGAAGAUAUCUCAGCCCAUGACUGUAGCUUUCUCUCUGACUCCUGCAUGAGAACCAAAUCAUGUGAAGAGUUGCAAUGAUGGAACCAAUCUGUGUAGAUUGUUAAAAGUAAUACCAAUAAUCAAAAGUUUUAGUGAGGAUAUUUACAUUCUUAGUUUUUGUGUGCAAUUUGCUGUUUUCUUGUCAUCAGUCUCAAAUGAAAAGAAAAUCAAAAUUCUACUUGUUGAUAAUGCUGCUUUUUCACAGGUGUGUCUUGUCAUAUCACUGAUGACAGUCAUUACGGGUACCUUGCUGCUGUUUGUUUGUUUGUUUGUUGGGGUUUUUGACUUUGUACAGUUUUGAACUCUGGUUCUCUCUUUUUCAUUCUCCUUUUUAAUUUUUUUUUCUUUGUGUGUGUGUGUGUGAAUCUGUGCAUGUAUAUCCAGUACUGUGGUGAACGUCAGAUAUGGAGCACCCGAAAGAUAACCUUAGCAGAUCAAAUACAUGGAAAUGCUCAAAGCAUCUUGUUUGAAGAAGAAGCAAGCCCCUAUCAUGAAACGAGUUUUGGAACUGACCUGUGUAUACUGUCCUCAGCCAACUCAGUGUCUUUUUUAUGUAAAUACGAUCAAAUUGACCAGAAGAUCUUGUGUGAUUAGGACAGAUUCAACAUGCCUCUGCCUCCAUUGUGACAAAAUGAUGCAAUAUAAAAAGUUGAUGGCAAUUUGAAGAAAGCUUUUCUUCUGAUUAUGACAAUAAUCCACUGGUAUAUGUCAGGUAUGGGUUAUUGGUUAAACCAAGUAGUUGUCAGGUUAGUGUUGUGUUACCUAGGUAACAACAAAUUCCACUUAAUCAAUCAAAAAUUUCCAAGUGUUAAUCAUUCAUUGAAGUCAGGGAUAUGAGUAUAUUAGAAGAAAUAUAAUAAAUACUUUUAAUUCUAUUUAUUAAGAAAUAUAUUGGAGUAAACACUUGCAAAGUGUAAAGAUAUAGUUGUGUAAGAGAAGUGUUUAUGUGUGAAAUAUGUAUAACCUUAAAAAUUAUUCUAUAUCUUUAUGCAGGUGGGGAAUAAGUAUUUAAAAAAAAUUAUGUGUAUUCAUUCCCACAUGAAAUGGAUUUCUACAUUGUGUAUUGCAUCCACGUAUUUAAUUUCCUGUAUGUAGUAUAGAUGUAAAAAUUAGAAUUACCUGAUUUAUCAACAUUUUCUUUGUUUAAGUUCACCAUUGAUUUAGAACUAGUCAUAUCAUUCAGCAUAAGUAAAGAAAACUUAGGCCACUUUUGACACUAUUAACCAAGAAAUGAUAGAAACCCCCAUUGUAGUCCUAAUAACCAAAGAAAAUUGGAAUGCCAUUGUGACCUUAAUAACCAAAGAAGAUCAACACCAUUUACUAGAAUGUUGACAUUUAAACCACUGAAACUUGUGAGUUUGUAACUUUUUGUUUUGAUUUUUAUACUUUUUAUAGAUUAAUUAUAAAAUAGUUGAUUACACACACAAAAAGUAUGUCAUUAAUUAUGAUAUCAUAUGUAUAUUAAAUGUCAAGUCAAUUAGCCUUAAAAGUCAAAAUUCAAGUAAAAAAAUAACAAUUAAGAUCAAACCCUUGUAAAUAAAAAGACUGAAAUUAAAACUACUUUGAAAUUUGUGGCUAAACAUUAAAAUGGUAUUAUGUAGUCGCUUAAGAUGCCUAAGGCAGCAAAUCACUGAAGCAUUAAAGCUCAACAAUAUGAUUAAAAUCAUGCCUGACUGUAGUUUUUUUUGGUCCUUUUUUUAAUAUUUACAUCGCUCUAAUUAAAAAUCUUUGAAAGAAUAAUUUUAGAAGAAUUAAAAAGAAAACACUUACAGUCAAGCAUGAGUUUAAAAUUGUGUUAUGUUUAGAUCAAAAAUGCACACUAAGUCAGGUUCACCUAAAUGUAAAUAUUUUUAUCAAUGGGUGAAGGUACAAAAAAAAAUGAGAUGAGAUUUAUAUUGUUGAAUUUAAAAACCCCACCUUGUUGCUGGUGUACUACUAAUCACAAAUGGAACUAGUAAAUUUAUUAUUCAGCAAAUGAUACCAAAAAGUACAUUUGUGUUUUAGGUUUAAAAUUAUUUAAUUAUCUUGUUAUAGGAAAAGAUGUUUUGGAUGUGUUAAGUGUUUGUGAAGUUCCAUUUAUAUAUAUGUAUAUAUAGGUUACUGUGAUCCUGUUUUGGAUUUUUGUUUGGUCAUACAGUGACCUGUAACGUAUUCUAAACAGUGUAGAAAUCAAUUGAUUUGUAAUGUUUGGGAUGCUAAGCAAUGUAGAAAUCCAGUUUUAUGUCAUGUUUGGGAUCUCUGUUUGAUAAUAUGUGCUUAAUGAACAUUCAACCAGUACAUGAACCCUCUUAGACAAGUACUAAAAUACCAGGUAUUGUUUCGUGCUGAUCACAUGGUACUAUCAGGUAAUCACAUAUAUUUUUAGCAGCUGUACAUUUUUUAAAAUAACUUCUGUUGUCUCUGGAUCUGUCCAAGUAGACUUAUUUUUUCUUUAUAAUUUUGUGGGAAAAAUUGUUUACCUUAGUACAGUAUAACAAGAUAAUUUUUAUCAGUAAAUUAAAAUUAACAAAAAUACCAAAGCAUCAUCUUCAUCAAACCACAGUUUUUGGGUUUGCAUGUUUUUAUUUUUACUUACAAAUUUAAAUUAGAAAACCAAAAUAUUUCUGGGAAUGUUUAAUGAUUUAUCAUAUACUUGUUUUAGCUCAAAUGUGUUUGAUCAUAUUUUGCUUUAAAAAAAAACACACCCAAGAAUUUAGUUUCUACUUUUUAAAUACUGUGUAGUGUGCUGAGUACAAAACAGAACAUUCAGUGAUUGUGUAUGUAGUUGCAUGAGUUUCAAUUGUUUAUCAUGCAUGAGUUUUAAUUUUAACCUAUUUUAAAAUGUGUGGAUUAAUUCUAUUUAACCAAGCAAGUUCAAUGGAAAAAAAAGACCCAUUUUCAAAUAUUUAUUCCUUAACUGUUUAACUAUUUUUUAUUUAAGAAAGAGAAAAGAAAGCAGAAACAAUAUCAGGUUACUUUUUGACAUAUGUCAUUGCUACUGAGCACGCUCUCCUCUCACUGUACCACGUUUUACAUUAUAAAAAGUGCGAUUCAUCCAAUAGUAAACACCUUCUUGACAACUCUAUGUUUCUAGGUAGCCUGGAAACAACUUCCUUAACAUUUUUUAAUGUACUAUUUUAUUCAUAUGUAGCCAACAUCCGAGACAUGGGGUGGUUCGAUUCUGAAGUUUUAAUACGUACUUGAAAGUAUGUGAAAUGCAGAAUUUGAAAAUAAACCAUAUCAGUUGGAGUUGCUUAGCAACACGAAACACUAGGUGCACAAACUUGUAUCAAUUAAAACGAUGAUAAUUACAUGUCCGAAUGAAAUCAAGUUUUCAAUCGUUGUUAGGAAUUUUAAAGUUGCUGUUAGCCUAAUCGGUUCUUACAAGGAGAGGGUUCGAUUCCCUGUCUUACAAAGUAUAUACAUAUAUUAAUUUUUUCUCCUAAAAUUGUUUUUUAGGCCUUGUAAGAAAACUAUAUUAUGUUAUAAUUCAUUAAUAUUCAUCUAAAUAAUUACAUGUAUCAAAACACACACAGACAAGUACACUCAUUCAAAACAUUCAUAUACGUCGCUACCAAUAUCUAUUCCAGCUUACAAUGUCUGAUGUUUACUACUGGACAAGUUUGGGAAGAUAAGGGAUCAUUGAUAGGGUCUAAAAACUUUCAAAACGAGGUUUAUAACACUGUAAAGGAGUGGGUGGGUGGGUUGGUCGCAGCUGGUGGGAGAAUACACGGAAAGGUAGGAGUGGUCGGCACGUGGAAAAUACAAAAUACAGUGGGUGAAGAGACAGAGAGCAGGGGUUUCCGAAAUGAAUGAGUCACUCACCACAGAUGUAUGUUACCACACUUCAUUUGAUUCUCGCUUUCCAGCUAAACUACCCCAUUUUCUCUAACAAACCCAGUUUCUACCCCAUUUCUCAUAAAAUCUCCCUUUCCCGUUAAAUCUAAAAUUUCAGGUCACUCCGCACUACAAGCUUGUGGAAAGAUCUGUGAAUUAUUGACCAGUACCCGUCAAUGAAAUGUAACAACUGCCAGCGUAAAUGUUGCACAAAGAUUUCAAAUAAUCUGACCUAGUUCCUUUAUAACAUUCAACAUAGUUACAUACUUUCAGUGUUUUAACAUUUGUCAGUAUACAUUUGUCUUAGCUUCAAGUCAAUAGAUUGUUGACAUAAUUUUUGAACUAAACACACAAACAUGUAUAUAUAUAUACAUAUAUGGUGGAGAGUCUGUUGAAUAGCCGAAUACAAUACCAUACAGAAUAACAUUGCUUGAUAUAUACAUAUAUGGUGGAGAGUCUGUUGAAUAGCCGAAUACAAUACCAUACAGAAUAACAUUGCUUGAUAUAUACAUAUAUGGUGGAGAGUCUGUUGAAUAGCCGAAUACAAUACAAUACAGAAUAACAUUGCUUGAUAUAUACAUAUAUGGUGGAGAGUCUGUUGAAUAGCCGAAUACAAUACAAUGCAGAAUAACAUUGCUUGAUAUAUACAUAUAUGGUGGAGAGUCUGUUGAAUAGCCGAAUACAAUACAAUACAGAAUAACAUUGCUUGAUAU